GAACUUAGUAUACGAAACUACGACCAACAAGGAUUACCCUCAACUUUCCGUCCCAGACUCUCCUAGCGGAAAGGUCCAGCGGUGGAUUGUUACCAUCUGCAUUCGAAGCUGGGGUGAUUAGCCUAUUGACCACAGGUUUUGACAUGCUACGCGAACCCCUACCGGAGUCAACAACUACACACAAUGGUGGAUCUGCAUCUGUUGUAGAGAGGUGCAGGCAACUGCUAGCGCCUGUUCUUCUUAUGUCUGCCAAAUCUCAAGACUCUUCGACGACUCUCGACAUCACAGCGUGUGCAGCCAUGCUCACCGAUGAUCGUUGCCACGAGUUUAUACAGCAAGCUGGAGAUAUGAAGCUUCAAAUUGAUGCCCUUGCCUUGCACCCACCGAAGAACCCCCAAGUUGGCGCUGUUGAUCCACACAUCAACAAGGAGGACUUAAAACGCUGCAUGGAGAAACACGGUGAAUCCACUCGGACUCCGCGUGUUUGGCUAGAUUCAGACACGUUAUCUAUCGGGUCACGGAAGGAUAGCGAAACUACAUUGGUAGAUUUGCCAAUUGAUCGCAAGGCUUUCUCACCUAUCCAGGAUCAUAUACAUCGCUCUGUCAAGGACGUCACACUCCUAGUCAAACAAAUCAUGGAACAUGACGAGGCUCUAUCAUCGCACGACCCAAACUCGGCAAAUGUUCAAGCAUCGGUACCUGGCUCUGUUCCACAUCAGAUGGCUCCAUCAUCGUCAAUUCCUGUAGAAGACGUCGCGAUGGCGAUAUCUUUAGCACAUCACUCAGGACCGUCCCCCGCAGAUCCUCAGAAUAUAGCAACAUGCUCUUCUGCCGACUCCUAUCCUUCGUCGUCACUGAAAAUUCCAACCCUAUCUAUGCCCGGGACCUGGUUCGGGCGCCAGGGUCUUACUCGCCCAGGUAUACUUACCAUUGAUUUUGCGGUGGGAGAUCGCAUUAUUCCCGCAGCUUCGUCGAGCAGUUCCUCCAAUGUUCCAUUUACCGUGCAACUUUCUUGUUUCCGCAAGGAUCCCCAUCAUGAGCUUCAGGAAGGUGACAGCCUGGAUACCACGCUUGACAAGAUCAGGAGUGUGGGCGAGGAUUGGCCAGCCAAAGGUACCCUCGUGGUACAAUUGAACGUUGAUAGCGCCAAUGGGCGGUCCUGGCUUCCCUACGAAUUGGAAAAGGGAGCACUGAAUGUGACCCCGUCUAUCACGCAAGGUAAUAACACGAUGCGUCUAAUACACCUUAACGAUCUAUCCGACUUUACCUUCGUUCUGUACACCCUCCCGCCAGAGCUUCCAAAGAGGGCCGAGCCCUGGAGGGGACGAUGCUGGGCAUCCAAAAUUACCCAGCCAGACUCAGAGAUUCCGUUUGACAUAACAAAUAUCAUUCAGCACUAUGCGAACGUACCAGUUAUUGUAUCAUAAUAGUCUACCUUUCGGUACCUUUAGACUGCGUUGUUCAGCUGUUGCAUUAUAAACCCGCACACGACA